AGUAGCUCCAAAAAAAUCAAUGUAUUUCUGCAUGAACUUACCUAUAGUGUCAAGUGUAACGUUAGUGAUUUCAAAAAGAGAUAAAUUCUUCGCAGUUGUAUGCUGUUAAAAUAUGCAUUUAUCAAAAUACGCGCCUCAGCAGAUAAGAAAAUGCCUACGUCAGCGUUAGUUAAUAAUAAACGCAUAGUUAAUCGGAUAUUGCGAACUAAGAAAGUUAUUUCAUAGAUAUGAUGGAUGGAACCUCAGAUUUAUUUUGGCCGGCGAUGCUGUUUACGCUUCUUGCAAUUAUAAUAGCAGCAGUUUUUAUGGGAAGAAAUAAAGCUCCUGCGCUGUCAAAGUGCUCCCAUCAAACUAGAGCUGCUGCUGUGGAGGAGAGAGCUGGUCCAGACCCCGGGGUUUCCUCACAGUAUCACGAGAAACAUCAUAAUGAAACCAGUCAACAGGACAUUCAGCUGCAAUCUAAUGCAAAGAGCCUCGAAGCCAAGGAUGAAACUAUAAAACAUGUAAAGGAUUCAAACUCAGAUAAUGUGGAAAAAGUUUGCAAGUCAGAUUCUCCAGUUCACUCCUCCAUUGGAUGGGAGGAGGAUUCCUCAGAGUCUGGGAUAAGGAAUGCCCUGAGGGAUUAUGCUCAAUCACCUGAUGCUGAGAAGAAACCCUUGAGGUACAUGGCUGGCAUGCUGAGGACCUGCCAGCUUGAAAAGAUGAUGACCAAAGAAGAACUGGAGGAAGAGCAGAGGGUUCAGCGAGAGCAGUUAGCUGCCAUCUUCCAGCUGCUCAAAGACAAACAAGACACAUUUGGUGAGGUGACAGAGAGCGAUUUACAAGAACAGCUUAAACUCUACUCUGUUUAACAGAUCAGCAGAUAAGACUGUACUGGCAAACACUGUCUAGAUUCAAAUUAUAGAUUCAAAUACCAUUUUAAAGGAGUUUUCAAGUUGAAAUCAGUGACCUCAGUGAACCUAUUCCCUGAAAUAUUUGAUUGUGGGAAAAAAGGGUUUGUUUAUGACUUAUAUGCAUAUUAUAUGCAUUUAU